AUGUCCCUGCCCGACGACGUCGACGAUGAAGAAGACUACGCUGACGGCGCCCCGGCGCCCCGGGCCAGCUUGGACAAGGCUCACUGGUGCCGCACCUGCCACUCCGAGGUCAGGUACGACUCCCUGGGCCAGGGCAAGGUCUUCCGCGUCAAGGUCUACGCUAGCAACGGCCUUAUGCGUGCCGGCGCCUGGGAGGCCUGCUGGAAGGAGAUGGAGCGCGUCGACGUCGAGCUCGAGCCCAUUGUCGACGCCGCCUUGCAGGACGAGCUCGUCCACGUGUCGGCGGAGCAGGAGAGGGCCUUGGAGAUGGAACGGGCCCUGGCCGACGAGCACCGCGAAGCCUCGGAGACGGAAUACGACGAGGAUGAUGGAGAGGACGAGGUGGAGGAAACAGAAGUGGCUGGGCCAGAUGAACAGCCCGACGAGGACGACGAGUCGUUUCUGGAGCAGGCACAGGAUCCAGAGCUCGAGCAUGAGCUGUGCUCAUCGCCGCCUCGACCCGAUGAGGCGCCACCCAACUCCAGUCCGGCCCCGAUGGAGGACCACCGUGCCGAGCACGAGGAGGAACGACUGCGGGAGAUUUACGGGCGCUCGCCGCAGCCACGCCGAGAAAACACCCGCGACCACGAAAGCGAUUUCGUGGCCCACGACAUGACCCCCUCGCCGCCGUCCGCCGAGUCAUCUUCGCGGCGCCAAGACAGGCAGCAGCAAGCCUACAAGACGGCCUCUUUCCCGGAGCUGGUGCUCGAGGCCGGCAAGGUACUGCUGCAGGAUAAGAAGAACGUCAUGAUUGCGCUGCUCAGCGCCCUCAUCCUAAUGCUAGCCGUCCGGGGCGCCCGCCCGGCGUACGAUCCGGCCGCUUUCCAGCCCGUGAUGCCGCGCCACAAUGCCCACGCCAUGCCUCACCACCCCCAGGACCCCGUGGCCGAGGCCGCCAUGCACCAGAAGACAGCCACGAUGGCCACGGCGGCUCCUUCGCCGAGCCCCUCGUCCCAGUCGGCGGCGGCGGCGGUCGACCCGUGCGCGUCGUCGCUCGAGGUGGUGGCCAACCAUCGGGCUGCUCGCGACGGCGCCGGCGACGCGUCGACAAGCACGCUGCGCGUCUUCGAGACGUGGCGCAUCGUCGAGACGGUCACCGAGACGGCGAAGGAGACGCUGACGCAGACGGAGACUGUCUCGGUCAAUGUCGUCGGCGGCGGUCCGGCGGCGGCUCUGGAGACGGAUGCGCUCGCGAGAUGGGGCGCGUGA